UGCAGCGCUGUGGUCCAACUGUUGAGCUAACAGUAAGAGCUGCACCGGAAUUGGCCGAAUUGUGCGAGCGGAAUGAGAUGGAUCGCUCUGUUAUUGGCGAUUCACUGAUGCUUCCUGCAACUCCGAAAUACCAAGCCGAUACGGAUACUCCGGAAGAGGAACGGUGUUGGUUAAUUCAUAAAAAUGGUUUUACGCUCGCGCGUUUGCUGGAAACAUUACCAGAUGGAAGGAUGAGAGUAAAAGUGAUGGAUUUGGAAAUGGAUGUUGAUGUGACGGAUAUUGAUAAAGCAAAUCCGUCAAGCUUGGAUCGCGUUAAGGAUCUUAUCAGUUUACGCUAUAUAAACGAAACUAGUGUACUGCAUGUACUUCGUCAACGUUAUGGCAGUAACUUGUUUUACACGUACGUUGGCCCACGGAAUAUGAUAUGUCUGGCAACUGAAAGUCCAAAAACAACAACAACAGUUUCACUUUUCAAAGGUUGCAGACGACAGCAGAUCCCGCCACACAUAUAUUCUUCUGCACAGCAAGCUUACAGGGCUUUGCAAAUGUCAGGAAGAAAUCAGUGUAUUAUAUUGUCGGGAACAUCUGGUAGCGGCAAAACAAUGCAACUGCGAAAUAUAUGUCGUUAUUUUUGCGAAGUAGCUGGUUGGACUAAAGCACUAUCAUAUGACACAAUAUCAUCGGCUCUGUUUGUUUUGGAAUCGUUCGGUAACUGUAGAACGAAAAGCAGUGGAAAUUCAACUCGAUUUUUAACGAUGUUUUCGCUUUCAUUUGAUACUGCGGCAUCAUUAAGGAAUGCUUCUAUACAAACAUUUUUACUGGAAAAAACUCGUAUCAAUCGCUGUAUCACUAAUGGAAGCGUAUUUCAUGUAAUACGUUAUUUUUUGCAAGGAGCUGACUCAGAGUUAGUGGCAGCAUUCAAGCAGAAAAACGACAAUUCAUUUGCUGAUUCCCAAAAAGAUUGGUUAAAGCUACUGGAUUCAUUCACGGAGUUGGGUUUUACUGAAAAGGAGAAGGCUGCAAUCAUAUCUGUUCUUACGGCAAUCCUGCAUCUGAUUUGUGCUGAAGCUACACAAAAUGACGCGCCAAAAUCUCAGUUUAUACACAUGCAGCAUGCUCAACAAGCUGCUUCAUUACUGGGGCUAGAAAUGGAACAGCUUACUUCAGCUGUUUUUCGUAAAAAUCUUUCACAAACUGUAUCCAGUAAUCCUGUCAGCCGAUUUUCGCUAUUGACACGUAAUCAAACUGGGCAAGAAGCUUUGAAUCGAUUUACUGCUUGUUUGUAUAACGAACUGUUUGAUGCUGUUGUUCGUUUAUUAAACCGCCGUUUAGGGGAAGGCGGUUCAACGGCAUCGUCUACCAUCACCAUUGUUGAUUAUCCAGGAAGCCAGUUUGGAUCAUUCAGUCCGGAUGCUGUUCAUCCUCGUGGUCUCAACGAUUUGUUAUACAAUUAUGUAAGUGAGCGAUUUGCGGAGCUCUACUAUGAUGUAUGCUUUAAUGAGCCUCUGGAAAUGUACAAAAGGGAGCAGGUUGAAGCUGAUGUUGAGCAAACCCAAAAUUCUUCGCACGAAAUUUGCCGAUUAAUUGAUCAAAGACAACAGCUGUCAAACUGUGCAGAUAUUGAACUGCGAAGUACGGAGAAACGUGGUCUGAUGUGUAUUUUGGAUGAGGAAGCACUAUUUCCUGCAGCGACAGACGAUUCUUUCUUGGAGAGAAUCUUCGUUCAUCUUGCUGAUUCACACUUGAUUCGACGCGGCACCAAUCCACUAACAUUUGUGCUACGACACGGCCUCGAUAGCAGUUCUGUCACAUAUAAUGUUCAAGGCUGGGUAAAAGCUGCCCAGUCUGAUUAUGCCGAUUCCUCACUCACUUCUUUAUUGUGCACCUCGAACAAUUUAACAAUUGCAAGUAUGUUUUCACCGGUUACCAGCCCUGUGACUGAUAAUACACCGUUGAAAAUGCGAAAAGCAACACAAACGAUCAAACUUGAUGCUGCUGGUAUGCGUGUGAUUUCUGGAUUUUUUGCUGCUUUUUGUUUUCAACUGAAUUACAUCACCUCAUGCAUCAAAAGAACUACCGGUCUUCAUUUUGUACACUGUAUCCGACCAUUAUCCGCAGUUGACGUGCAUGUGCGACCUGAUGAACUCCUCAAUAUACAGUAUGUCCGAAAUCAGCUGCGUUACCUCUCGUUGGUCAAUUCAGCUCGUGCUGCAAGCCAGGGUUUCCCGGAACAAGUCCCUUACAAAUAUUUUCGAUGUCGUUUCCAGUGUUUGUUGAAAGAGCAGAAUACUUCAAGCGAAUACAUGGAUGAUCGAGCCAUCUCCGGUAAAAUACUGGAGGAAAUGGGUGCAUUUCCGCAUCGGUAUCGACUGGGUUUAAGCCAGGUUCUCCUGCGUAGCGAUUUACUGGAUGAAUUGGAAGAACGUCGUGAACUUUGUUUGAGUGGCCUUAUUGAACACUUCCAACAAAUCUGUCGUAAAUAUCUGGCUACAAAAUGGUUGGCUAAGCGACGUGUACAAGAAAUAGCGAUACGUUGCAUACAACGCAAUGGUCGUGCUUACGCAAAAGUGCGUGAAUGGCCUUGGUGGCGUCUUUACAUUCGUGUGUCGCCGCUUCUGGCAGCAACAAGAAGUGAUCGUGAAAAUCGCGAGUGGGAGCAGAAACUGGAUGAAAAAGAGAGUAAAAUCCAAGAGUUACGUGCAGCAAAAAACCGCCUGGAAGCGCAUGUUGUGGAACUGGAACAAAUGUUAGCUGUUGAGCGUGGGAAUGCGCAGUCUAUGAAUGAUGCUUUAGAACGGGAAGUGGAACAUCGCCUUCAGACUGAGAAGCAAGUACUGGUACUACAACAGCAUUUCCACGAUUCAAAAGAGGAUCCACGUAUAUCUUCGUCAUGUUCAUCUCGUUUACGUCUCGAUCAGAGUGUGCACAUAGACGCUAAGACUGUAGAGUUGCAAAAAGAAGUUGCAGCUUUGAAAGAAAGUGAUUCAGUGCAACGUUUGAGAGCUCAGAAAGCAGUGCAGCAACUGAAGGAUGUUGAAAAUGAACUGAAAGAUCUGAGAGCAAAAAACGAUGCACUGAAGAAGAAAUAUAAGAAUUUUGAUCUGGAUUUGAAAACUCUGAAAGACAAUAGCGAGAAGGAAAGAAAGGAGCGGAUUAAAGCCGAGCGUGAGCGAGAAGAAGCUACCAGUAACAAUGAAAGACGAUUUACAGAAUUGCAGAAUUUGAAAGCUGAAAAUGGUGAGCUGCGCCAGAGUGUUGCAAAGCUGCGAAAAGAAUUGGAAGAACUUAGCGAAGUUAAGGAAGGCUCUUCAGAAAGUGAAUUUAGUUCAUUGCAGAAAACAAAACAUUCCCUGGAGAUGAAAUGUACUGAGCAGGAAGAAGAACUCAAUGAAUUAACGGAUACGAUCAAACAGUUAGAGCAAACAGUAACGAGAUUGGAAAUGGCUGCAGAGCGAAGCCGAACGGAACGUUUGCGUGAUUUGGAAGCCAAGGAUAAUGAAAUCGACGAACUUAGGUCACAGUACCAAAGACGAAUUCGAGCUUUUGAGGAGCAAGUGGCAGAUUUACAGGACACGAAUUCAUCUCUAAUAAAGCAGAAUCGAAUAUUGGAGGGACGUACACGUGAUAUAGAUAACUAUAGCGUUAGUUUCGAAGCUUCAUCAAGUCAUUAUAAGCGCGAUUUGAGGAAAGCUCUAGCUCUUUUGCGGGAUACGCAACGGGUUUUGGCCCGUGAACGAGAAAAUUCUUUGAAUCAGUCAAUGAUUUGUCAAUUGCAAGAGCAACUGAUGGAUGCUGAAGCUUCAAAAUUGAGUGCACUUCGAGGACGUCAUUCUUUGGAAAGCGAACUUACUGAAGUCAGAGCUCAGUUAGAAGCUGCUCUGACAGCAAAAAAUUCCGCAGAAGAUCGGGCAUUGGUACUUUUCAAAGAGAAAAGUAGUGCAUUAGCGCUAGUUGAGGAACAGGAUGAGCAGGUGCGCAGCUUACUUAAAAAAUACAAGGCGGCGGUGCAACAAAGUGCAGUUGAUUCGAUAAAAAUUGCGGACCAGUUUGAGCAGAUGGCCGAUAUGGAAAAAGAUAAGGAGAAGUUGCGCGAACAAUUAAAUGAUGUUUCGUCGGCUUUGGAAUAUCAUCAACAACAUUCAGUUGAGAAGCAUAAAUUGUUAUUGGCUGAGCAGAGAAUACGUGAUUUAGAAGCGAAGCUGGAAUUGGAGAUCUCACAAAAAAUUAGACUUGAGGCUUUGAUGAUAAAAGUAAAUGACGAGGUGGAGUCACUGAAAGAUCAAAUUCAGGAACUGAAUAACUUACGUGAAAAAGAUCUUAAUGCAAACCGCAAAACACGCAAAGACAUAAGUGCUCUACAGGAGCAGCUGGAAGAUCUACGUAAGAGAGAAAUGGAUCUUGUUCAUAAAUGCAAACAAGUUGCUAUCGAGCACGAAAAAAUGGAAUUAGAAAAGCAGAUCCUGAUCAAAGAUUUACAGUGUGCUGAAAAGCGCAUUGAUGAUUUACGGAAAGCACUGAGUAAAGAUAUAAGCGAUAGAGAAGAUGGUUCUGAUGAUGAGGAUCUGUUCUCGAUCCAGAAUGGGUCACUUACAGGCAUGAGUCGUCUCUGAAACGAGUUAUCACUGUUUCAUGCUUGUGGUCCGAAACGAUGUGCACGACGUCACAGUUUGAUUUCAACAUUAUAUGUGUAUCAUCUUGUGCCUGUAAUUUCUCUACGUUUAAAAGCUUAUUUUCUCGAUUCUUAAAUCCUACUUCUUUAUUUGACAAUGAUUCUACUUAUUUAUUUGAUAAUAAUUUAUUAAAGUUUUAACAAUUU